GAUGGUAUACAGUUUUUAUUCAUAAUUCAUUAUAUAGACGUUAGACAUAUAAAUUCUUGAUAUGCAAAUGUAGGCAUAUAUUGCGGAUGUUCUACAUUCAUCACUCACAGUGUUCCCAAAACACUGAAAUUCAAGUUUCUUUGUCAUCUAUUCAAUUGUUUUGUGUAAAUCAUGUUCAAAUUUCUUUCUCCCUCCACCACUCCUUGCCGUGAAGUUUAAAAGUAAAAUCCUUGCUGUGAUAUUGUGGUGGGUUCUGACUCUAGUGCUACACAAAUUCUGAAUAGGUCUAGACCACGAUAACCUAUGACGUAUUAACACCAUUGAGUAUCUUUCUUUUACCUCUCUUUAAAGCUAUGUUGCUUGGAAUCUAUAAGAAUGUCAAGGGGUGCGUGUCGGAUCCACCAAAAGUAGUGUAAUUUUGGAGAAUUUGACACUGGUGCGGAAUCAAAAGUGAAGAGUCCGUACAACUUAGCUUAAAAUUGUAAAACUAGAAUUAUCGCCCUAGUUACCGCAACUACUUUCAACAAAUGCGGGGAUAAAUUGGUCUCUCUUCAACACUGCAGCUCCGAAUGAUGGGUGAACAAACUGUAGAUUCAAAGUCAAGUGACCAGACUAAUGCUAAAUCUGGUUUUGGUUUACCCAAGCAUGAUAAACAGCUGUCGGUCCCAGUAGCCAUAGUAGGGCCUGCACUACAAGAUUCACAGAGUGAAAGUGUGGUUGCUGCCUCCAAAUCUACUGAAAGCCCACUAUUUCCUGAAGCGAAUACUAUGGCGAAUAAAGUUUCUAAUAUAACUGGCUCAAAAAGACCUACCCCGGAAUGCCUUGUGAACCCACUCAACCGAUGCUCGACAAACAAUUCUGGUAGUGGGCAUCUUGUCUAUGUUCGUAGAAGACCUGAAGGAGAGCUAAGCAAAACAGCUGCUAAUACCAGCCAAAGCGGUGUUACUGAUUAUCCACAACUAAAAAAGCUUAGUCAACAUGCUGAGAAAACUCAGACUGAAGUCCAGAUGAAGGAAGGAUAUUACAUUCCAGAAGUUUCAUCAAUCUCAUGGACUCCUUCAAGGUGCUCCUUGUCCACAGAACCUUCAGUUCCUCCCUCUACAGGAGAGCCCAACAAUAAUUUAGCUUCAGUUAAUGUUAGCAACCAUCAAGUCACGUCUACCAGACUAUUGUUGGAUAAUCCCAAGAAGGUUAAUUUUAAGCAUUGGGAAGAGCGGUAUUUCCAAUUGCAGAACUUGUUGCACAGACUGGAGCACUCAAAGCAAGAGGAUUAUGUACAGAUGCUUCGUUCUCUCUCCUCUGUUGACCUAAGCAAUCAUGCUGUUGAACUGGAGAAGAGGUCCAUACGGCUUGCCUUGGAGGAAGCAAAAGAGGCGCACCGAGUAAGAGUCUUGGAUAUUUUGGGGAAAUAUCCGAAGAACCCCAGAGCUUCUCUAGCUUGAUGUCCUGAACAGUGUCAGAAAGAAGGAAAUUUAAUUGUAUUCUUAAACAGAAUUUGUACAUGUUGUAGCCUGAUAUUCACAUUGUAGUUAGAGAGUAUCUUGUCUGGUCUUAGCUAGUUAAUGUAUUGUAGCUAUCGUUUGUUAACUCUUAACUUAUAGCGUGUUUUAUUGAGGAAAUGGAAAUGGCUUUCCUCAGGUCCAUCAACAUCAGUUGAGAUUGAAUGUUUUAGUCCAUUAAUCAUUUAAUCCUCUUCUGUUUCUAUCUAUCCUCGGUCGCAGAACUUACAAUCUGUUACUCAGUUGUGGAACCAGAUUUUGGCAGAAAUUUUUGGGGA